UGAGUCAUGUGCGCAUAAACAUGAGAAAUAAGAAUAAACAGAGGGUCGAGUUUUGAAAUUUGAGUGCAUACAACAUACAUAAAAAUGUUGUGAUGAGAUGAUUCCAAUGUUGUGUGAGGAAUGAAAUGGAACAUAUGUUUUAUAUGUACAAGUAGAUAUCAUUUCUGAUUUAAUAUGUGCGUGACUUGCUUAGUUAUCCCCAAGGCAUAGAACGAACUUGUAUUAGUCAUCCAACUCGCACUCACAAUCUUAUAAGAGUAGCGAAACAAAAGUUGUUGAAAUAAUUAGAGCAGGAAAAUAAGUUAGAAUUCAUUUCUGUUCAUUUAUUGAUUAUAAAUUCAAGCUAAAGAUCAUACAGUUAACUUUUAUUAAAAUCUUCUUGAGAGUUAGUAAAAGAAUGCAAAAUUAAGGAGUGCACAACACAAAAGAGGAAUGAAAAAAAGAACAAAAUUUUUAAUAUUCUGAGCAGUGUUCCGAGACAAGCUUAACAUGACUAAAAUUUUGAUUUCAUUCAUUCACAAUUGAAAUAUUUCUAAACUUUAAGAUUUAUGUGAAAGCGACUUGCGAAAUACUCGAAGUUUUUAAUACUUUCUGAUCUUUGUAAUUAAAUUCAAUAAAAAUAAAAAGAGUUGAAGGAUAGAAGGAUUCAUGGCGCCACCAAGGAAAAAAGAAAUGUGCUACGUCAUUAUAAGUGCCAGAAGUUUGACAUGGUUUUUGCUGACAAUCUUCGCAACAAUGCUCGCCAUGGUUUCUCUUUUUACUCCUUAUUGGCUCAUUGCACCGAAUCCAUCAGAAAUCGAAGCUGGCAAUCAUACGAUUCUUAGAUUUCCAUCAUUUGGUUUGAGUUCUCGUUGCAAGAAGAUCUCAUCAGGUGAUUUUGAAUGUUCAACAUUUCCACUGACAACUGCCAAUGAGAUUUUCCCGUUGUGCUGGAAAAUUUCCUACAUUUUUAUGGCUGUAGGAUUUUUCAUUCUGGGUGUGACUUCCGUGUUCUCAUUACUGUCUUUCUGUCGUCAAUCACUUUUUGGAAAGUCGCUGCAUUCUGUUACGGGAUCAUUACAAAUUCUUUCCGGUAUUUUUGUAAUGGUGGCGAUAUUUACUUAUCCAAUUGGUUGGGAUGCAGAACGAGUCGCUGUUGUUUGUCAUGACAUUUCACCAUUUUAUCCAGGAGAAUGUUCUUUAGGAUAUUCUUUCUACUCAUCCAUUUUAUUAAUCAUCACAUCAUUCAUUUGCGGAUUUUUAAGUCUCAAAGCAGAGAAAGCGAGCAUGAAUCCAUCGAUUCAAAGAAGAAUUGAAGAAGGAAAUGAAAGGUUGGUGUUUGCACCAUGAGGAACUUCAAUCACAUUAAAUUUUAAGCAUUUAUUCUCGUCGUACUUUAAGCUCUCUAAUCUAGUUUUAUGAAUCUCGUUUGCUUAUUAACAUUCCUGCUUGAUAUCAAUUCUUCACAUUUUUCUUGCAAUCCAAAGAUGUAGCUUUAAGCAUUCAAAUUUUUUCACUGUUUUUACAAUAAAACAUUCAGAUUUUUAAACAAAACUGACUUUUGAUUUGCUGAAAGAUGCGAGAGAUUGACGAGACAAUACAAAUAA